CUUGUCUGUGACACACACCGUAUAUAUCCUUCAUGCGCGGGGAUCAAGUAGUCACUUCAGACGACGCCGGAGCAAAACCUGGAUGCUUGUGGCCAUUUCAAAGGAAAGCCAUGAGAUCGACGGUCUUACCGAUCUGGGCAGCUCUGUCUUUGCUGAUCCGCCUUGGAGGCUGUAGUCCCAUCAGGGGUCUGGAUGUGCAGGAAAAUGUGGCAUUCUUUGACGAACAGGACCCCAUGCUCCAGAAUUUGCUGAAGGCGCUCAACCUCUCUGACAUCCCCCUCCAAGAGACGGCCAAGGUGGACCCUCCGGAAUACAUGUUGGAGCUCUACCACAGGUUUGCCAUCGACAAGACCUCCAUGCCCUCGGCCAACAUUGUUAGGAGCUUCAAAAAUGAAGAACGGCUAUCGCAGCCCAUUUACUUCAACGGCAUACGGAGGUACCCUCUUCUUUUCAACGUGUCUAUCCCUCACCAUGAGAAGAUCAUCAUGGCUGAGCUGAGGCUCUACACCUUGGUGGAGGAGGACCGGAUGCUCUAUGACAGCCUUGACAGGAAGGUCACCAUUUUUGAAGUGAUGGAGAACGAACACGGAGGAGGAGGACGAGGAGGAGGAAGAGGAGGAGGAGGGGAAGAGGAGAGGAAAAGGAAAGUAUUGGCGUCCAGACAUAUUUACAGCACAGACAACGAAUGGAAAACAUUUGAGGUCACGGAGGCCAUCCGGAAGCACCAUCAUGCGCACUCCGCCACUCUUCGCCUGGAGGUGCAGAUCGAGAACCGAGGAGGAGGAGGGGAACCCAACGGAAGAGGGAAAGUCGAUAUAGACAUCAAUGCGGAAACCAAGCAUGAGCCUUUGCUAAUUGUCUUCUCGGACGACCAAACCCAUGCCAAGAAAGAAGGCAAGCACGAACUGAAUGAGAUGAUUGAGCACGAGUGGAUGCAAGACCUGGAGCACCUGGAGGACGCAGAAGACUAUGACGCCAGCCCCAGGGAAGAGAACCUGCUCCAGAUCAGGUCCAACAUCAUCUACGACUCGACGUCCCGGAUCAGGAGGAAUGCCAAGGGGAGCAGCUGCAAAAAGACUUCCCUCCACGUGGAUUUCAAGGAGAUUGGUUGGGACUCAUGGAUCAUUGCUCCGCAGGGGUACGAUGCCUACCAGUGCAAGGGGGCAUGCUCCUUCCCUUUGGAUGACCACCUGGCCACCACCCAUGCGCUGGCCCGGGCCCUGAUCCACUUGAACAAUCCCGAAAAGGCCACGCCGGCUUGCUGUGUGCCGACCAAGCUGGCUCCCAUCUCUCUGCUGUACUUGGAAAAAGGGGUCGUCACCUUCAAGACAAAGUACGAAGACAUGUCAGUAGCAGAAUGCGGUUGCGUAUAGUAGUUGGUGGGGUCGCCGAGAGAUUGCUGGUCUUUGGAGUACUUCGUUGCCCCGUCUGUAAAUUUGUACAGUUUCCAUUUGUACAGGUUCCAUGAGCUUAUUUAAUGAAAUAUGUACAGAUAAUAUAGAUGUGAGAAAUAUGCAGCAGCAGCAUAGAGGAAGUGCGCUAUGUUUCCAUCCCCUUCGGCAUUGGACCCUGGCCAGUGUGGGUCUUGGAGCAAUUGCACAACCGAAUCAUUAAUAACUGGGCCCAGGGCUUAUUGACAACUAUACUCAAUAUCCCCAUAUACAGCAGGGUUAUUCACUUCCUGAAAAAGAAACACAUCUGCACUGCAGAAGUAAUGCAGUUUGACACCGCUUUAACUGCCAUGGCUCAAUGCCAUGAAAUCCUAGGAUUUGUAAUUUGUUAUGGCACCUGAGCUCUCCGACAGAGAAGGCUAAAUAUCCCACUCAACUACAGAUCCUAGCACUCCAUAGCAACGAGCCAUGGUAAUUAAAACAGUGCCAAACUGCAUUAAUUCUACAAUGCAGUUGCAGCUUAAGGAGCAAUUGGUUUCCAAAAUGAAUGGCGGUGUGCAGGCGCCAUUGGUAGGAACACUGCGACCAUGCCAUGCAUCUCUCAUGGCAGGAUUCCUGCACCUUCAGUGGUCACAUCAGAAGCAGAGCAUUUUUUGAAAGUGUAGCUUAUCAUUUUGGGGUGGGCAAGAAUGGAUCAACCCAAUCCUUUCUCCUAUAGACUCUUGGUUAAAGCAACAAGGCUUUGCACUCUGCCUCCUCCUUUUCAAGAUGACUGUAAGUUGUGCAACAGUGUAGUGUGCUACUGUAUGGUCAAUUUGGUGUGUCCCCCUGAAGAGUUAGUUGUCUUUUCCCCCCAAAGACAAGACAUUCAUCUAAAGAGUCUUGCUUUCUAAUUGCUCACUUUGGAGGGAUGCAAUUCAAAUCCUGGGGCCCAUUGCAUUUUGCAAGCGAGAACCACAUUUUCUUGUACAAACUAUCUACUCUGUGACUGUUGACAGAGUUAAGAUCAACACAACAGCGGCUGGUCCCAAUCUAGCUGCAUCAACAUCUUUGUUAGGAUUCUGUUAAGGCCAUGGGAAAGAUAGUAACAUUGUGCUCAAAAUCCCAAUGGAAUAAUAACUCACCAAACAGAGAAAGACUAUUUUUUCUCCUUUAUGGUGGAGCUGUCAGUUCACAAGACCACCCUUUACCUUGCGCUCUCCACUUCAACAGUAUAAGAUGGAGUCACAUGUCAUGUUUCCGCCACUCUUCUCCGACAAAUCGUUGCGAUAAGGAGGUGUCGGAGUCGAGAAACAAUAGACCCGAUGCUUUAUUUAUACUAAGCUGGAGAUUUGUCAGAUUCUUUGGAAAGUGUAAUUGACGCCGGCUCCGCUCCUGCUCUGGCUGCAACCGACUGUACUGUCCCCUGCCUCCAUUUUACGCUUUUAAGGCAAGGCAAUCUUCACCACAAGAGAUAAAGGACCUCUUUCUUUCGGAGGAGAAGGGACUAGAUGCCUUCUUUUUUUGCAGGGAAUCAACACCAAAGGCAUUGUCAAGGACUAUCUCCAACCAACUUCGCCUUCAACCCUGCACUUACUAUUUAUUGAUCUAUUUAUUGACUGUUGGCCUUGUAAGAUAAUGUAGAAUACAAAACGGUUUUAUUUUUGUGCUGCUCAGCAGAACGCAUUAGGAUAUUCUUGUAUACUGAACCAUAUUGUGGAUUGUAUUGGGUACUUUCUUGGUUGUUCUCCUUGUAUAUAUUUAUCAACAUGUUCUUUUUUUUAAAAAAAUUAAGUGUAAUAUAAAAUAUAGUGACAGUCAAUAGA